AUGGCUGAUAAUGGUGACAUCAAUCGUGCAACUGUUAAUUAUGCUAAUGCCAUAAGGUUAAAUCCUACCUAUGAAAACGCUAUGAAUAAUUUAGCAAAUAUUUACCUUAAAUAUGAUCGAAGCGUGGAGGCCGAACAGCUUCUCCGUAAAGCCGUCGAAAUAAAGCCAAAUUUUCCUGCUGCAUGGAUGAAUCUUGGACUAGCACAGUUGGCCCAGAAACGAUAUAAAGAUGCAGAAAAUAGUUUCGAGCAGGCACUCAGUUUACGUUUUCCGUAUCCGGAUUGCUUAUACAACAUGGGCUUGCUUUAUUUGCGACAAAACCAGAAAACCUAUGCAAAGCAAAUUUGGCAAAACAUUACCAGGGCAAAUCCUGGCCAUAAACGAGCCUGGUUGAAUUUGUUGGUAUUGCUUGAUGAGACAAACAAUUGUGCAGAAGCAAUUAGCCUGGCUGAUAAGGUGCUUAAAUACCAUAGCAAGGAUGCAUCGGUCCUUUCUCAGCUAGGCACCUGUUACGGUAAACUCGGAAAAUAUGAUAGUGCCGAAAAGUUCCUCCUGUAUGCUGUAGAACUCGAACCAACAACAGUAGCUUAUUGGAAAAAUAUCGGUGCACUUUAUCAUCGCUGGAAUAAAUUUGAAAAGGCGAAAUUUGCAUACUGGAAAGCAUUUCAAGUCCAACAACAAGUUUAAAAUGCUC